AUGGAAUGGUUCGAUGAUAUUAAUGCAACUGUUGGCAAUUGUGUAAAUCUGGAUGAAUCGAUAUUAGUGAAGAAAAAGAAUGUUAGAUAUACGCCUUCAGAAAUUUCUCAUGCAGUUUUCACUUCUCGAUUUAACAAAUGCACACAGGAAGUACAGCCAAAAGAAAAUCAAACAUUAUCAUUAAUUAACCGCAAUCCUGAACGCAGCAUAUGUAUUAUAAAUCAAGAAGAGGUUGAUCAGUUUCUUAAUUUAAUUUUGUUUGACCCUGUUAUAAGUAAAUUCCUUCAGUUUGAUAAAUGCUUCCGAUAUGCUGAUAAGUAUUUGUUGGUGAUGACCUUCGUUUACUUCAAACGUUGCAAUUUCUCCCUAAAUGAAUAUACAAGAACUAACUUUUUCUGCUGCCUGUACCUUGCACAUGACAUUGAGGAAGAUGAUGAGGAUUUAAAGUAUGAAAUUUUCCCCUGGGCUCUUGGAACUAAUUGGAGAAACAAAAUUUCUUCAUUUCUUCAGAAGAAAGAAAGCCUCUGGGCCCGAAUGAACUAUAGAUCUAUUGUGGGCGCCAAAUGUUGCGAUGAUUUACUUAUAAUUUUCGCUUGCGACGAAAUAUCCCGGCGAACUAGACAGCCGCACCAUGGUGGAGCAAGAAGAACUUACCUUAAAAGUCCCCUUUCAAACAUGCCUAAUGGUCCUAAAGCUAUGCCUCGUGAAUGCAAAUUAUGCAACAUGGUGGAAGUUCGCUCUCCUGAAUCUUAUUGCUUAGUAAGACAAUCCUUCGGAAAUGAAAGUGGCACUGAUGGCGCGUAUUCCCGUGGUGAAUCCCUCUGUUAUAAUGAAGUCUCCUAUGAAGAUGAAACCUGGCUCUCUCAAGAAACGUUUGGUUCUGAAGCCCCUUUCAACAUUUAUUCUGCCAAAAAUAAAGAUGAUUCUAUGAUGGUGGGUGAGGAAUGA